CUGCUACAUGACUUUACACCAAUAGAAAACAACCACAGAAGAAAAUGUUCCACUAGACUGGCCAAUCACAUCGUAUACUUCCUUUGACAGAAACGUCUGCAGGGGGCAUGAUAUCUUUGAGAAAGAAUGUUUCGCUGUCUUCUAACUCUCGGUCAUCAUCACACAUGGAGAACCUGCACAUUUUUCUGGUCGCUCUCCUAGGAGUUGCAUCCCACGGUCAUGAUUUGAUUUCUGGAUCAGUGUUGGAGAAAACGGUCAGACCAGGAGAAAACAUCACUCUCUACUGCGACUGUACAUUAUCAAGUGGAGUAUACAUAGUGUGGUACAGGAACUGCUCUCAUGAGAACCAGCCUUCUCUUGUCCUUAGAUCAAGACCAUUACCAGAAUCCGAAGACUUCACUGACAAUAGGUAUCAACUGAAACUUCCCCCUCGUUUUCAUUUGGUGAUAAACUAUUCUUCUGAAUCCUAUGACCUGCUGAUCCUGAACAUCACUGAUUCUGAUGAGGGCUUCUACUACUGUGGAACUGAACAGACAACAGUGGAGAAUGCAGAAUACAUUAAUCGCAAAAUGGAUUACAGAUAUGGCAACGUCACCACAAGGAUCCUAUUCAACUCCAUUGAGCCUCACCAUGAGACUCCACGAGACUGUGGUGAAUGUUGCAUUCUGCUGUUCUCCCUUUGUCCAGCUUUUGCUGUUCUCUCCUCUCUCCUCUCCUCUCUUCUGGUGUAUCAUCUCUGUCGGAAAAAAGCUAAAGACCUUCAAGCUGAUCAGAGAAGACCUGAAACAAGCCCGCAUCAGGAUGAAGAUGUGUGUUAUGCUGCGCUGGAAAUCCGCCAGGCAUCACAGAGACCAAAGAAGAAGAAAACCCAGAGUUCUGACUUCAGCACCUAUUCAGCCAUCAAUACUUCUAGGGUGUAGAGAGUCUAAAACAAAACCACAACCAUUACUAUAAAACAUCUAAGGAUGGGAUCAAACCAAGCGCAACACCAAAUCAGGCCAUGUAGCUGUAAAGUGUGAGGUGGAAAUGGCCUCUUCACCCCCCUUUCUCAGACUGCGCCCAUCUUUGAGCUUGAGCUUCCGUUUGAUCACAACUACACAUCUGUAAAGUUUCCUGAAUGCACAGUUACGACGCUAUUCAGGUCACAAAAUCUGUCCACAGGCAUACUAACAGAUGGCAAAGUACUACAACCGCCCCUCUGUGGUAGUUCCCCCUUCAGUUGGUGUCUCCAGGACCACAUUUUGCCUUGAUGACACGCUCAGACUCUCAGGGUGAAAACAAUAGACGCCUUGCAGCUGACGGUUACUGCUGGAUGCCCCGUAUUGUCUUACAGGUUCAAGUCCACUGUCAAACUUUAACAUGCUUUCUAUAAAUCUACUGUGUGACAUCAAAAAAGUAGACCUAAAUAUUUCUUAUUAUAGACUAACGUCAAAACCCAGCUCAGAAAUGGUGUGCAGCAUUUAAGAAUGCAGAGUGAAAACCGACAGAUAGCCAUCGUCUAUGCAAUGCACAUUUUGUCUUAGGUCCCAACACAAUAUAAUGUAUUGUAGCGAGCUAACGUUAGCUAACCUAAGUGUUAGCCUGCUGAAUCAGCAGUCUCCGACAAUAUCAGUCAGCAGAAAACC